CCCCUUAUAAUUAUUGUCAUAUUCGAGCGAGCUUUUCCCCUAAUUGGAAGGUUAAGACAAAAAAAAUGAAGUUACAUAAAAAAAAUAGAAUAAGAACGGUUGUGAGAUGGAGGAGAAGAGAAGCGUAUUAUUGGAACAGAUGGAAAUUCGUGCGCCGUUGCUUACUCACUUGCUUCUUCACGUGCUGAAUAAUAUCCUUUUACUUUACUUUACUCUGUUCCUUCUUUCUACUACUCUUCUUCUACCAUUUAAAUCACUCUUCAUCUUCUCAUUCAUACUCAUAUGGAUUUUGCUUCAACCUGAAUCUUCCUUUUGAUCCAAGCUAUGAUUUCAUCUUUGGCUUUUAAUCCUCUCAUUUCUUCCUCUUUAAACAUUGCCACCACUCACAGUUCGAGAAAUAAGCAGAAUCUUGUAAAGCAAAAGCCAGUAGAGUUGACACUUGGCUAUCAGCAGAAUCCAAAUGGAUACAAGGUGUUCAGUUUUGGAUUAAAAGGAUCAAUAUAUGAGAAGGUGAGCUCUGGUUUCAAGAGCAUAGCCGUUAUGACAGACGACAAGUCAACAAUGUCAUCAUCAGUUGAAGAAGACUCUGAAAACAUAGGUAUCUUGCAUGCUGAUUCAUCCCUAGAACCAUAUAAAGAUCAUUUCAAAUAUAGACUGAAGAGGUAUCUGCAUCAGAAAAAGCUCAUUGAAGAACAUGAAGGAAGUCUUGAGGAAUUUGCAAAAGGUUAUUUGAAAUUCGGAUUUAACAGAGAAGAAGAUGGCACUUUGUACCGUGAGUGGGCACCUGCUGCCCAGGAAGCACAAAUUAUUGGAGAUUUUAAUGGAUGGGAUGGUUCCAACCAUCACAUGAAAAAAGACCAGUUUGGCGUAUGGAGCAUUAAGAUCCCUGAUUCUGGUGGAAAUCCAGCUAUACCUCACAAUUCAAGAGUGAAGUUUAGGUUCAAACAUAGUGAUGGAGUUUGGGUUGAUCGCAUCCCUGCUUGGAUUAAAUAUGCCACCGUCGAUCCUGCCAGAUUUGCUGCGCCCUACGAUGGUGUCUACUGGGAUCCACCACAUUCAGAGAGGUAUCAGUUUAAAUAUCCUCGUCCGCCGAAGCCUAAAGCUCCACGGAUAUAUGAAGCUCACGUGGGAAUGAGUAGCUCUGAACCCCGCAUAAACUCUUACAGGGAAUUUGCAGACGAUAUUUUGCCACGUAUUCGGGAAAAUAACUACAAUACAGUUCAGCUGAUGGCUGUGAUGGAGCACUCCUAUUAUGCAUCAUUUGGAUAUCAUGUAACAAACUUUUUUGCUGUUAGCAGUAGAUCUGGAACCCCUGAAGAUCUUAAAUAUCUUAUAGAUAAGGCCCAUAGCCUAGGUUUGCAUGUUUUGAUGGAUGUCGUCCAUAGUCAUGCUAGUAAUAAUGUUACUGAUGGACUCAAUGGCUUUGAUGUGGGACAAAGGUCACAAGAAUCUUACUUCCACAUUGGAGAUAGAGGCUAUCACAAAUUAUGGGAUAGUAGACUUUUUAACUAUGCCAACUGGGAAGUCCUUCGUUUCCUUUUAUCUAAUUUAAGGUGGUGGCUUGAGGAGUACAAAUUUGAUGGAUUUCGAUUUGAUGGAGUAACGUCAAUGUUGUAUCAUCAUCAUGGAAUCAACAUGGCAUUUACAGGGAAUUAUAAAGAAUAUUUUAGUGAAGAAACAGAUGUGGAUGCUGUUGUCUAUUUGAUGCUGGCUAAUUGUCUGGUCCAUGGUAUUUUGCCUGAUUCAACUGUCAUUGCUGAAGAUGUUUCUGGCAUGCCUGGACUCGGCCGACCAGUUUCUGAGGUGGGAAUUGGUUUUGACUAUCGACUAGCCAUGGCUAUCCCUGACAAGUGGAUUGACUACGUGAAGAACAAGAAAGACAAUGAAUGGUCAAUGAAGGAAAUCUCUUUGAAUUUGACAAAUAGGAGAUACACUGAGAAAUGCGUCGCUUAUGCAGAAAGUCAUGACCAAUCCAUUGUUGGAGACAAGACUAUUGCAUUUUUACUAAUGGAUGAAGAAAUGUAUUCUAGCAUGUCUUGUUUGACUGAUGCUUCUCCGACUAUUGAGCGAGGGAUUGCUCUUCACAAGAUGAUACACUUCAUAACCAUGACAUUAGGUGGAGAGGGCUACCUUAAUUUCAUGGGCAAUGAGUUUGGUCAUCCGGAGUGGAUUGAUUUCCCAAGAGAAGGCAAUGGAUGGAGUUAUGAGAAAUGCAGGCGUCAAUGGAAUCUAGCGGAUACAGAUCACUUGAGAUACAAGUUCAUGAAUGCAUUUGACAAAGCAAUGAACUUGCUUGAUGAUAGAUUUUCAUUCCUUGCAUCAACAAAACAGAUUGUGAGCAGCACAAACAAUGAAGACAAGGUUAUAGUCUUUGAACGUGGGGAUCUAGUGUUUGUGUUCAAUUUUCAUCCAGAGAAUACAUAUGAAGGGUAUAAAGUUGGUUGCGACUUGCCUGGGAAAUACAGAGUUGCACUGGAUAGUGAUGCUCGGGAAUUUGGAGGUCAUGGAAGAGUGGGGCAUGAUGCAGACCACUUCACAUCACCAGAAGGCAUACCAGGAGUUCCUGAAACAAAUUUCAAUAAUCGGCCCAACUCCUUCAAGAUUCUCUCGCCCCCUCGUACUUGUGUGGUAUAUUAUAGAGUGGACGAAAGCCAAGAAGAAAACAAGAGUGCCAAUUUGGGUCAGGUAGAAGAGACCGUUGCUGCAGCAGAUACUGAUGUAAAUAUUCCUGUUGAAAGUAAAGUUGUUGGAGACAAAAUCGAAGAAGAUGGAGACAACUAUUGACAAGAAUAUUAGCACUUUUCACUUGUCAACCAUCCAAUGGAUGAGAUCAGCAGAUUUUUGGAUAUCAUUGAAAAAUGAAUCCAGAGUAAAUUUGGGAGAAACUAUUGGGAAUAAAUUCUUUUCUGGCAAAUGGAGAGGUCUAUAUGGGGGGAGAUUGACUCAUUAAAUCAUUGAAUAUGAGUCGAUCUCUCUAAAUAUACCUCUCUCUAUUUACUUGAGAGGAUUCAAAUCCGAACGUGUACAUCAAAUCGGGUAUUUUAUUAUGUAUAUUAUAUGCAUAUGUAUAAAAAUCACUACACUCCCAAGUUAAGCAUGGAUAAAAUUUUACUACCACUUAUGUAUAUUUAGAAUCCCUGCUAGUGGUGGUCACGGUUAUGUAAUGUGUAUCUUGAAUUAUGUUUUCUCAUUUUAAUUCAUCCAAAGAUAAAAACCAAAA